UGGUUCCUGCCCACGAUCAUCACUGCAUUCUGAGAUCCAAAGUCCAGAUAAGUGUGAGCAAGAAAAGAGCCUCACUUGAUCCCGGUGGCAAACUUCUUUUCUCCUGCUUAUCUAAGCGGGGCAUUGGACCCCCUUGGCCCAGCGUUGAGGCGCCAGCUGUGUUCCUGACCCCUGAAUAAAUCAGGGCCAAAAAGAGCCUGGCAGGGCUCUGGGACACAUUUCCUGUCACGGCCUAGGGAAAGCAGUUGGCCAAGGGAGUGUUGUGGCGGAGUUUUCAGCUGUUGGAGGAUGAGGGCUCAAGAGAGGCGAGGGGAGGGCACACAUAGUGGUAGAAAGGGCUGUAGAGGGCGGUGACUUUAGAGAAAGCUCCGUGCCCUCCAGCAAACCAGAGGACUUGGGAGCAGCUGCAUGUUGAGUCUCCAGGAUGAGGCCAGCGCUUGCCCUGUGCCUCCUCUGUCCUGCGUUCUGGCCUCGGCCAGGGAAUGGGGAGCAUCCCACGGCCGAUCGCGCAGCUUGUUCGGCCUCGGGGGCUUGCUACAGCCUUCACCACGCUACCUUCAAGAGAAGGGCGGCGGAGGAGGCCUGCAGCCUAAGGGGCGGGACUCUCAGCACCGUGCACUCAGGCUCGGAGUUUCAAGCUGUGCUCCUGCUCUUGCGUGCAGGUCCCGGGCCUGGCGGAGGCUCCAAAGAUCUUCUGUUCUGGGUGGCUCUGGAACGCAGCAUCUCACAGUGCACUCAGGAGAAAGAGCCUUUAAGGGGUUUCUCCUGGUUGCACCCGGACUCAGAAGACUCAGAGGACAGCCCACUACCGUGGGUGGAAGAGCCACAACGUUCCUGUACAGUGAGAAAGUGCGCUGCGCUCCAGGCCACCAGGGGAGUGGAGCCUGCUGGUUGGAAGGAGAUGCGCUGUCAUCUGCGCACCGAUGGCUACCUAUGCAAGUACCAGUUUGAGGUUCUGUGCCCUGCACCUCGCCCAGGAGCCGCCUCUAAUUUGAGUUUCCAAGCUCCCUUCCGGCUGAGCAGCUCCGCGCUGGACUUCAGCCCUCCUGGGACAGAGGUGAGUGCGAUGUGUCCUGGGGACCUUUCUGUUUCGUCCACCUGCAUCCAGGAAGAGACAAGCGCACACUGGGACGGGCUUUUCCCUGGGACAGUGCUCUGCCCCUGUUCCGGGAGGUACCUCCUUGCUGGCAAGUGUGUGGAGCUCCCUGACUGUCUAGAUCACUUGGGAGACUUCACCUGCGAAUGUGCAGUGGGCUUUGAGCUGGGGAAGGACGGACGUUCUUGUGAGACCAAAGUUGAAGAACAGCUAACCCUCGAGGGGACCAAGUUGCCCACCAGGAAUGUAACAGCCACUCCAGCAGGUGCUGUGACAAACAGAACAUGGCCAGGUCAGGUCUAUGACAAGCCAGGAGAGAUGCCACAGGUCACUGAGAUUCUUCAGUGGGGAACACAGAGUACUUUACCUACUAUUCAAAAGACCCCACAAACCAAGCCAAAAGUCACUGGCACACCAUCAGGAAGCGUGGUCCUGAACUACACAUCUUCGCCCCCUGUUUCUCUGACUUUCGACACCUCUUCCACGGUGGUCUUCAUACUUGUGAGCAUAGCAGUUAUCGUUUUGGUCGUCUUGACCAUUACAGUGCUGGGGCUUUUCAAACUCUGCUUCCACAAAAGCCGUUCCUCCAGGACAGGGAAGGGAGCUUUGGACUCACCAGGUGUGGAAUGUGAUGCCGAGGCUACCUCUUUGCACCACAGUUCUACACAAUGCACUGACAUUGGAGUGAAGAGUGGGACUGUGGCCUGAAGGACUGAGCUUAGGUUCUUCACUGGCUGGGUGCGCUCUUGGAUCGGGACACUUAGGGAAACACCUCAAUGCUCACAUCUUGCCUAGACUUUUUCAGUCCCAACAAUUGGGGAAAGAAGAAAAUUUUCAGUGAUUACUGUGGAAGUCCUCCUUCCCAUACAUUUUAUUUUGUGCUAAAUCUGAAAGAGACACUUGUUCCCUGAAAGGGGAAGAGGUGGAAGCUGUGGGCUGGUAUUGGAAGACAGGGUAAAAAAUGGCAAGAGACAUUUUCCUAUUCUCUGGGGGAAUUUGAAGAAAUGCUUGAAUAUUUCCAGUACUGGGAACAAAUAAAUAACACUAUAAUUUUUUGAACAUUUCUUUUCAUCCAAAAUGGGAAGGGAAUAUCUAUAUUAUUCAGGCUAGGAAUAUAUUAGCUUGAAAUUUUGAGGCAAAUAAUAAAACAUUGUUGAAAACCUAGGCUAACAUAUGUUUGACUUAUACAAAGGGUGUUAUUUAGGAAUACACCAUUCUGAGGAUAGCAACUGGCUAUGAGUUUACUGGUAAGACACACAAGGGUACACUCUGAGCUUUGGGGGAAAAGUCUUUAUACACCAGCUCCUUCAGAACUAGUGAAGUUUCCCUUUAUUCUUUUAUCCUUUGCUUUCAAAGUCACUGUGACUGUGCUCUGCCAUAAAUCGGAAGUGCAAUGUUGCCAGUUUCUGACUCCAGAAGCAAAUUACAGUUGACCACCAAUCCAAGUGUUUACUGUGUGUCCUUGCCCAAGGAAACAAAUGAUUUGUGUCUUCCUUUUCCAGGGUUUGUGUUCUCCAGUGUAAUGACCUUCCUAUUCAAGCCACCUUGUAGGCAUCAAGAUGCUGAUCCUCACUUCCAAUUACAAUGAUGUUAAUUCUCAAUUAAAACGUUAAUGCUACGUAUUGAUUUGAAAUCUUCUGGGUGCACUAAAGCCAAAGGAAGCUUUGCUUCUUCCAAGGUUGCUAGAUUCUUGUGUCCUAUUUAAUCCAUGUGGGUGGGGGCUGGGGACACUUGAAUGUCAAGCCAUUUCUGUUUCUUCUCAAUAGAUUGUGAAUACAAUGACAAUGUGUGUGCAUCAGGGGGUUGUUACAACUGAGCAAGAGUCUUUGCAGGCAAAACUAGGGGAAAUUGCUUUCCACAGAAUUAAUAGUGUAAAAAGGAAAUAACAAAUAAAAAUAUAACACCUUGCUAUGACUUGAGAUGUUAGCAUAUAAUAAGAAAUAUCACACAUUCAGGUGGUAAAUAAUUAAGGAAUAAUAAUAAAAAACAAUCUGGUUGAAGCCAAAGACCUUGGAGAAUAUUUCAGGUAGAUUAGAGUGCUGCGAUUUUUGUAAGUGUUGUAAAGUUGUGUGAAGAGAAACAGAGAAAUAAACUCACUCUUGGGAGAAAAUGAAACUAGAAAAUAAACUUGAGUUAUAUUUUUCUAGAAUCAUUUUUAUACUCUUGAUUGUACUAAGAGUUGAUUUAAAGUUAGCAAAUAUCCUAUAAUAAAAUAACCUAGAAAAUUAAGAGAGUUCAAUAUAUGAAUCUGUGUUCUAAAUAUAAAUCUAUGUGUUUAAUAUUGUUUCACUGAAGAAACAAAUUGAGAGCUUGCUUCAUAUGAAUGUGGUUUUAAAUAGUUACAGUUAAAUAAAAUCACAAAUGAAUUCAAAUUAGCUGUUAAGAUUCUUCAAUUUAAACCAGAAGCUAACAAUUACAUGGGUAAAUGGCUCCCACCAAGUUCCUCAUCUGGUCAGCUACAUAUUCCAGUUUUACUUGUUCUUAGCAUUGUAGUCAUCUUCUCCACUGUAUGUUCUCUCAGUUGUAGAGACAACUAUUCUAGCACAAUAUGUCCUGUUUGACUUUAUAAUUUGAAAUAUAGCCUCAUCUAUAAGUGGAAUGAGCACACACACACAUACACAUACACUCAAAUGCACAUAUUUAUGUACAUGCAUAGCUAAGUACAUGUGUAUGUGUGUAUACGUAUAUACAUAAACAUUUUGUUUUAGAGAAGGAUGCCCUUAUAUUAGUCUUUCAGUAAAUGAGAGUGUGCAUAGUUAUCACAUAACAUGUAACAGAUGACAGUGUGGUUCUGGGGCCCGAAAUGCCCUAUGUGAAGAAAAAAAUCAUGGUGACCCAAUUACUUGAAUAUUGUCCCCUACUAUAGAUCAGAGGAGAAUUAAGGAACCUUAUUUGUUUAUAUCUUAAAUCAUUUCUUGACAAACCAGACAAGAUAGAACUUCCUUUGAUUUCUGGUUGUGGUGGUCACCUCCAGAAAUUGUUUCAAUGGCAGAAUAAGGUCAGUUAAGUACAGGAUCUCCUGCGUCCUUUUGCAGGUAGGAGUAAUGUUCUUACUACUACCUCUCUACUUCUCGCACUUCCUCAACAUGUUUGAGGUUCAUUCCUUUGAGGGUUAAAGCCUUUUGCUCUCACAUUCAUCACUCAGUUUCCUACACACCCAUUUCCUUACAAUUAAACAUGGAGUCUCUCCUACAGCCUUUCUUUCUACCCUUCACCCUGUUAUCUUACACACUAACAUCUUUCUGCAUGCUGCAUAAUGCCCAUGCACUUCAGCUCUUACUCUUCAGACCCAAUGACCUGCACUUCAUUUUAGCCAUUCAUUCCAUAGCUACACAAAUUAAGUUGAUUCUGAAUUUCUUCCCCAUCCCAGACCUCAAUGUCAAAUUUCCAUAUUCAAGUGUUAAAAAACUUGUGCUUUAAUAAAUUUGUCUGUGAUUAGAGGC